AUGAGUGUCGGCCAACUUACCAGCUCCGCCUUCGUCACUUGUGACCCCAUCCCGGCCACGGUGACGGUGACCAGCAACGUCUACACCACCGUGUACACCACCACCGCCCUUGCCGCCAACCCGACCACCUCAUGGACUGCCACCUACACCAUCACCGAGGUGUGCUCCGGCUACCCAUGGGAGUACAAGACCCACGACAUCCCCCCGUGCUUCGUCCCCACCACCGUCUACUGCGAGCCCUGCGCCCAGAAGACCAUUCCCAUCAUCUGCCCGGCCCCGUCCAUGACCGGCGGAGUCGUCAUCAACGGUAACGGUGUCACCGCCAACAACAUGCCCGUCAUCACUGCCGCUCCCUACGGCGUGUACGGAGGCUACGGCUCCUACGGCGCUGGCAACCAGCAGCAGGGUGGCUCCGGCGGUCCUGGUGCUCCUGGCGGCGGCCCCGCUGGCCCCGGUGCUUCUGGUGCUCCCGGAGGUGGCCCCGCUGGCCCCGGUGCUUCCGGCGCCCCUGGCGCUCCUGGCGCUCCCGGUGCCCCUGGUGCUCCCGGCGGUGCCCCUGGCCAGACUGGCACUGGUGGCUCCGCCCCCGGCUACGGUGUCUAUGGCAGCUACGGCGAUUACAGCGUCCUCCCCGCUGCCCCCGGUGCCUCUGGUACCCCUGGUACUCCUGGCUCCCCCGGUACUCCUGGCACUCCCGGACAGCCUGGUACCCCUGGACAGCCUGGUGCUCCUGGCUCCCCUGGCUCCCCUGGCUCCCCUGGCUCCCCUGGUGCCCCCGGCGGCGCUCCUGGUACUCCUGGCGGUGCCCCUGGUACCCCCGGCGGCGCUCCUGGUACUCCUGGUGGCGCUCCUGGUACUCCCGGAGGUGCCCCUGGUACUGGCGCUGGCCAAUCCGGCGCCGGCCAACAGCCCGGUGCUUCCGUCCCCGCCGGCGGUGCUCCCGGCGCCAACCCCACCGCUCCCGGCACCGGCAAGCCCUCAACCGUCGUCGUCGCCUCGGCACCGUCCCUCAAGCAGAGCCUCGGCCUCCUUUGCGGUAUCGCAAUGGCCGCCGGCUUCACCGUCUUUGCUUAA